AUGCCUGUUGUGCACGUCGUCUCAUUCAAGUACAAGGAUUCAGUCUCUUCCGAGGAUCGACUGGAUCUGUACAACCACUUCGGCACGUUCAAGGCUGAGUGCCUCUACACGGACGGAAAACCAUACAUCCUCGAUUUCAAGAGCUCGACCGAAAACACUUCGCCCGAGAACGCAGGCAAAGGAUUCCACCACAUCUUCGUCUCGACGUUCCCAACGCAGGAACACGUCAAACACUAUCUCGAAGAAGACCCAGUACACCUCGCUUUCGUUGAAAAGGUCAAGCCCGCCAUUGCGGACGUUUUCAUCUACGACUUCGAAGUGUAA